CGGGGACCGGGCGGCCGCAGGCUACUUCUCCCUUUGGCCAAGGAGGGGCAGCGCCGAGCGGGCUGGAGCCUGGGGACACGCAGGGCCGCGGCCACUCUGCUGAGCAAGACUUUCCAUGGAGGAUGCCACUGAGGACCCCACCAUAUUCACUGCCCAUUCUCUGCCCAGUGACCCCCGGCUCUUGGCCACCAUGACCAACACAUACUUGGGCACACGUGUGUAUCAUGACACACUGCAUGUGAGCGGCGUGUACAACGGGGCUUGCAGGGACACACACCGGGCCAUUCUGCCGAGUCCCCUCAAUGUCCAGCUGGAGGUCCCUGCAGAGACAGGAGAUCAGCUGACCAAGACCUUUGUCCUGGACACUAACACAGGCUCCUUUCUGCACACCCUAGAGGGCCCCAGCUUCCGGGCCUCCCAGCGCAUCUACGCCCACCGCACGCUGCCUCACGUCAUGGCUUUCAGUGUGUCCAUCACCCGUGUGGCCGUGGGGAACUGGCCCAUCACGGUGCUGCUGCGGUCAGCCUUCUCCCCAGAAAGCCCAGACCUCGACCUGCAUCUGGGUCCUGACUUCCAAGGAGCCCGGUGCCUUUAUGGCCACACACUAACCCCGGAGCAACCUGAGGGGUCCCAGCAGGAAGUACACAUGCUGUGGACACCAGUGCCCCCAGCCCUGACCCUUGGGGAAAGUGAGGAAGACCAGACCUGGGAGUUCCUGACCGUGGUGGGUGGCAGCCAGGCUGAGGCCCGAGCCUGCCUGACCGAGGCCCUGCAGCUGCAGGCAGAGGGCACUCUGUACACGGCCCACGCCCAGGCCUGGGCCCAGCUCUGGGCUGGCUGUGGCCUGGAUGUGGUGGGGCCCCUGCCCCUGCGCCAGGCCUUGCGUGGCGCCCUCUACUACCUGCUCAGUGCCCUGCCCCAGCCUGGGGCCCCAGGAUAUACCUGCCAUGGCCUCAGCCCCGGGGGCCUGUCCAAUGGGAGCCGAGAGGAAUGCUACUGGGGCCACGUCUUCUGGGACCAGGAUCUCUGGAUGUUCCCGAACAUCCUGAUGUUCCACCCAGAGGCCGCCAGGGCCCUCCUGGAGUACCGCGUCCGGACGCUGGGUGGGGCCAAAGACAACGCCCAGAAGCUGGGUUACCAGGGAGCCAAGUUCGCCUGGGAGAGUGCAGGUUCUGGUCUGGAGGUGUGCCCUGAGGACAUUUAUGGGACCCAGGAAAUUCAUAUAAAUGGAGCUGUGGUGUUGGCCUUCCAGCUGUACUACCACACCACCCAGGACCUGCAGCUCUUCCAAGAAGCUGGUGGCUGGGAUGUGGUCAGGGAUGUGGCUGAGUUUUGGUGCAGCCGUGUGGAGUGGAGCCCUGAGGAGGAAAAGUACCACCUGAAAGGAGUCAUGCCUCCCGACGAAUACCAUUCAGGGGUCAACAACUCCGUGUACACCAACGUCCUGGUCCAGAACAGCCUGCGCUUUGCUGCUGCUCUGGCCCGGGACCUGGGUCAGCCUGUCCCCAGCGAAUGGCUGGCAGUGGCUGAUAAGAUCAAGGUGCCCUUUGACCCAAUGCGGAACUUCCACCCUGAGUUUGAUGGGUACCAGCCUGGAGAGGAGGUGAAGCAGGCAGACGUUGUGCUCCUGGGAUACCCCAUCCCUUUCCACCUGAGUCCUCACAUUCGCAGGAAAAACCUGGAGAUUUAUGAGGCUGUGACGUCCCCAAAGGGUCCUGCCAUGACCUGGAGCAUGUUUGCUGUGGGCUGGAUGGAGCUGAAGGACCCCUGGCGGGCGCGGGACCUCCUGGAAAGGAGCUUUGCCAACAUAGCUGAGCCAUUCAAGGUGUGGACAGAGAAUGCAGAUGGAUCGGGCGCUGUGAACUUCCUGACCGGCAUGGGGGGCUUCGUGCAAGCGGCGCUCUUUGGAUUCACAGGGUUCAGGAUCACCAGGGCUGGCGUGACCUUCGACCCCAUGUGUCUGGCAGGGGUCUCUGAAGUGUGCAUCUAUGGCAUCUCCUACCAGGGGAGCAAGCUUGACUUCUCCUUCUCCGAGGGCUCUGUGACAAUUGAGGUCAAAGCCCAGGCAGGACCCUGGGCCCCCCUGCUGGAGGCUGAGCUGUGGCCGACACACACCCGACUCCCCCUGUUCCCAGGGCACAAAGUCUCCUUUCCCUCGUCAGCUGGACGGAUACAAAGGUCACUCCCAGAGGCAGCAAGUUCUGCUCCAAGAGUUUCCUAGGAGAAUUUUUUGAAGACGUUAAACACCUGCCCCAGAACCCACAGACCCCUUGUGGGACACUGUUGGGUCCUC